UCGCGGUUUUACUAUGAACCGGAAUAACAUGGUUAUCACCUUGGCUGCAUAUCUGCUAGGAGGCACGCUUCUGGAUUUGUCUGAAUAUUUGACAUUCAAAUGAGAGAUUUUUGUCUCUGUAGCGGUGUGGCGCGCGCGACUCUUCAGCGAGGGAAGAAACAUGAAGCAAGACGUGAGGAUCCUGCUGUUGGGGGAGCCCAAAGUGGGGAAAACUUCUCUCAUCAUGUCUCUGGUUGGGGAAGAGUUCCCAGAAGAGGUUCCUCCCAGAGCUGAGGAGAUCACCAUUCCUGCAGACGUGACUCCAGAGCGAGUUCCCACGCACAUCGUGGACUACUCAGAAAAAGAACAGACUGAUGAAAUCCUUCGAGAUGAAAUCGUCAAGGCUAACGUGGUUUGUGUCGUGUACGAUGUCACUAACGAGGAGACGAUUGAAAAGAUCAAAACCAAAUGGAUCCCUUUAGUAAAUGGAGAUGCAGAGAAAGGAAACAAGAUUCCCAUCAUCCUUGUGGGAAACAAGUCUGAUCUGCGCAGCGGCAGCUCAAUGGAAACCAUCCUUCCCAUCAUGAACCAGUUCUCUGAGAUCGAGACGUGCGUCGAGUGUUCUGCAAAGAACCUAAAAAACAUCUCGGAGUUGUUCUACUACGCUCAGAAGGCGGUUCUUCACCCCACAGCUCCUCUCUAUGAUCCUGAGGACAAACAGUUAAAACCAGCUUGUGUUAGAGCCCUGAGCAGAAUCUUUUACAUUUCCGACCAGGAUAACGACCGAAUCCUCAGUGAUGCUGAACUCAACUCAUUUCAGAAAUCGUGUUUUGGGAAUCCUCUGGCGCCUCAAGCCUUAGAAGAUGUGAAGACUGUGGUUUGGAAGAACACCAGUGAUGGAGUCCAAGACAACGGCUUGACCCUCAAUGGUUUCUUGUUUCUUAAUACAUUAUUUAUCCAAAGAGGCCGACAUGAAACCACAUGGACGAUCCUCAGGAAGUUUGGGUACGACGACAACCUGGAGAUGACCGACGAUUAUCUUUACCCCGAACUGCGAGUUCCUGUCGGCUGCACUACAGAACUCAAUCACGUCGGUCACCAGUUCCUUCAGCGACUGUUUGACAAAUACGAUGAAGAUAAGGACUCGGCUCUGUCCCAGAUGGAGCUGAAGAACCUGUUUUGCGUUUGUCCUUACAUGCCUUGGGGUGCAGAUGUCUACCUGACCGUUCCGACCACAGACAAGGGCUACAUAUCUAACCACGGCUACCACUGUCAAUGGAUGCUUUCUGCAUACCUGGACAUCCACCGUUGUUUGGAGCACUUAGGAUACUUAGGUUACCCCAUCCUGACUGAACAGGAGUCACAGACUGCUGCAGUCACAGUAACAAGAGAAAAGGAGUUGGAUUUGGAAAAGCGCCAGACCCAGAGGACAGUGUUUCUCUGCAAGGUGAUCGGACCGCGAGGAACGGGCAAAACCGCCUUUCUCCAAUCGUUUGUGGGCCGCAAUGUCCAGACUAAAGAAAACCCCAGCAGUGCCUUCACAUCCUAUGUCAUAAAUACAGUCCAAGUCAGCAAUCAGGAGGUUUACCUCAUACUCAAUGAGGUCGACGUGGAGACGGAGUUCCUGAAGGCGUCGGAUGCUUCCUGUGACGUUGCGUGUCUCAUGUAUGACGCCAGCGACCCUCAUUCUUUUGACUAUUGUGCCAGUAUAUACAAGCAACAUUACAUGGAAAGCAACAUUCCCUGUGUGCUGGUUGCCUCCAAAGUGGACCUUCCCGAGGUGAAGCAGUUCCAUGGAAUGACUCCUGCCGAGUUCUGCUAUAAACACCGACUACCUCCACCGCUCCCGUUCUCCAGCUUGUUACUGGACUCCACCAGCAGGAACAUCUACAACAGGCUCGGCUGGGCAGCGAUGUACCCACAUCUCAAUGGUUCGGACAUGAGCAGUACCUCGUUCUGGCUGCGGGUGGCGCUGGGCUCUGCCGUGGUUGCCGUUCUGGGUUUCGCCGUCUACAGAGCUGUUACCAGGCUGAAAUGACCGGGACCUCCAGCUUUUAUUUUUAUCUUCAUCCUCCACUCAUCCAGACCAAAUCUUUACCUGGACAAUUCCAACAUCAGCGACUUUCCAAGGAAAAUAUCUGACAUUCUUUCUGACCUGAGAGUUGUGAUCGAAAGCAGUUGAAGGCAGAUGAUCAGAUAAUUCUCCGUGCUGCUAUGCCCCGCUUUUCUGCCUUAACUCGUUUAACCAGACGGAAUAGAAACACGGCCUCUCUGUGUUAAAACGCACAGAAAGGUGUUUCCUGAGUUUCCUGUCAGUAGGUAGAAAUACCAAUAUUUAGAUUUUCAGUACACACAGUGUUGAGUUUAGUGGAAAAAAUGCCAAAAUAAAUCAAACCAAAUUGAAAUAUAUUUUGACAAGGACAUGAAAAGUGCUCAUACUUUCAAACAUAUUUAUCUGAUUGCCAAAUUGUUUGCAGAAAUGAGAAGUUGAAGCAUGUUUUUGCUGAAAUAACAGUCAUUAUUCUCAAAAUAUCUGAUACUGUGGCUGGAAAAUUGUAUUUUUGCAUGAAAAAAAAAAAUUUAGUGACAGAUGAACUUCCGUGUCUCUUUUUAACAAGCCAAGGAAACUUUGUAGUGGUGAGUAAAGCGUGGUCAGGUUCUGUUUUUAAUUUUCAGUUUCUCUGUUUAAAUGAAAAUGAAGGUAUUUGAAUUAUGCUGGUACUCUGUUAUCCUGUUGACACACCUUAAUUGUAUUUUUGUCAACGUAAAUCAUUUGUCUCUUCUUGAAACUGAAGGCCGGAUGUUUGUGUUAAAAAAAAAAUCUCCAUUUCUCUCAUUUGAAAGUGACCAGAUGUUUAAUAAAAGACCAGACCGGAUUCGCCAAAAUAA